AUGACGCGUUUUCGACCGUGCAUAGACCUGCACAAUGGGGAUGUGAAGCAGAUUGUCGGUGGUACCUUGGGCACCUCAGAAGCUGAGCUGAAGACGAACUUCACUUCCACCAAACCUUCUGCGCAUUAUGCGGAACUGUACCAUCGAUAUCACCUGAGUGGCGCUCAUAUCAUCAUGUUGGGUCCGAACAACGACAAGGCCGCUAAAAACGCGUUAGCUGCAUGGAGAGAAGCAGAAAAGCAGGCGACAGUAGCAAGCGCACAAGACAAGUGGAGGGGUGAGAUCCAAGUCGGCGGUGGCAUCAAAGAGAGCAAUGCUCAAGAGUGGAUUGGAAACGGCGCAAACAAAGUGAUCAUCACAUCUGCUUUGUUUCCCGAUAACAGAUUUUCCAAGGAGCGGUUACAAGCAAUCUUGAAAGCUCUCGACAACGACAAGAACAAGCUCGUUAUCGAUCUUUCUUGCCGGCGCAAGGACGACAAGUGGUUUGUUGCUACGAACAAAUGGCAGACCAUAACAGAUUUCGAACUUACGCAAGACUCGAUAUCCCUUCUGGAGCCAUACUGCUCAGAGUUUUUAAUACACGCUGCCGACGUUGAAGGUCUCCAGCGCGGCAUCGACCACGAGCUCGUCAGCAAGCUCGCGGAGUGGUGCAGAAUUCCUGUUACAUAUGCUGGAGGAGGCCGUUCGCUCGAAGACUUGGAGUUGGUGAAAAAGCUUAGCAACGGCAAGGUGGAUCUAACAAUCGGUAGUGCGUUGGAUAUCUUUGGUGGAUCGAGUGUCAAGUUUGAAGAUUGUGUGAAGUGGAAUGAAGAGCAAGAGAAGGAGGAAGCCGCGUAG